AUGGACAAACACAAUCUAACAGAGCAGAAUUCAUUCAUUCUGUUGGGAAUCACAGACCGCCCAGAGCUGCAGGCUCCACUAUUCGGGCUGUUGCUCAUCAUCUAUGUGAUCUCAGUGGUGGGCAACUUGGGCAUCAUCAUCCUCACCAAGAUGGACUCCAAGCUACAAACACCCAUGUACUUUUUUCUCAGACACCUGGCUAUCACUGAUCUUGGUUAUUCAACAGCUGUGGGACCCAAAAUGUUGGUAAAUUUCAUUGUGUAUGAAAACAGAAUUUCCUAUUACUUUUGUGGUAUUCAACUAGCUUUCUUUAUUGUGUUCAUAACUAACGAAUUAUUUAUUCUGUCAGCAAUGUCCUGUGACCGCUAUGUGGCCAUCUGUAACCCUCUCCUCUACACAGUCAUCAUGUCACAAAGGGUGUGUCAGGUACUGGUGGCAAUCCCCUAUCUCUACGGCACAUUUGUGUCUCUUCUCAUCACCAUAAAGAUUUUUAAUUUAUCCUUCUGUAGCUACAAGGUCAUCAGUCACUUCUACUGUGACAUUCUCCCAGUGUUAUCUUUGCUCUGCUCAAACACACAUGACAUUGAACUGAUCCUUCUUGUCUUAGCAACUUUUAAUUUGAUUUCAUCCCUUCUAAUAGUUCUUGUUUCUUACCUUCUGGCUCUUGUAGCCAUUCUCAGGAUGAGCUCAGCUGAGGGCAGGUACAAGGCCUUUUCCACCUGUGGAUCCCACCUGACUGUGGUAGUAGUGUUCUAUGGGACUUUAAGCUUUAUAUACAUGCAGCCCAAGACCAGUCACUCCUCUGACACUGAUACAGUGGCUUCUAUAUUUUAUACCCUGGUUAUCCCCAUGUUGAAUCCCUUGAUUUAUAGCUUGAGGAACAGAGAUGUAAAAUUUGCCCUACACAGGACAUGGAAAAAAAUAAGCAAUAUCUUUUCUAAAGUUUGA